GCCGUAUGAUCUGAUCAUCUACAGUCAUGUGUUUCUUCGGUGGUUGUCAUCACAGCGUUGUUGUUGUUUUUUACUCAAAGGGAUUCUUCAGGGAUCACAUGCGCUCUCUUCCUUAAUAAGAAGCAUUUAAAACGCUUUUAUUUUAAUUUUAUACUAAGUUACCGAAUGCAGAGUUCACAAAAGUGAGUGAUCUGAGCGUUGGCCCUGGCUUAAAACAACACGCGUGACAGUAAUCUUUAAAAAUGAGCGAGAGCGUCCACGCUGCGGGAAAAGACGGACAAACCUCCGGAGCCGCGGAGAGCAGCACCACCAUGUCGGACCCGGAGAACUUCUCGUACGACGCUGACGACCCCGGCGACGAGAGCGACGUGCUGGAUGCAUCGGACGCGAGAGACGGAAUGGGCAGCCCGGAGGAGCUCAACGACGACGAGACGUCCGGAGAGGGCGAGAACGUACCGAAGACCUGCAUCUAUGACGGCUGCACGGAGACCACGACACAGGUGGCCAAAGCCAGGAAACCGUGGAUGUGUAAAAAACAUCGCAAUAAGAUGUACAAAGACAAAUAUAAGAAGAAGAAAAGCGAUCAGGCCAUGUCAUCUGGAAAAAUGGAGGAGGGAUCGGAGGAGAGGCCUGUCUCUGUUACUAAGCAACGGCUGGGUACUAUAGGAGACAGACCAGCCAGACCUUCCCUCAUUGAGCAAGUCUUAAAUCAGAAGAGGCUGUCUCUGUUGAGGAGCCCAGAAGUCAUCAGCUUUCUACAGCAGCAACAACGAUUGCUGACCACACAGAACCGGGGUCAAACCGAGCAAAACUACUGAAGAGGUUUACCUAUGACUGUUGGGGAUUUUAAUGCAACCAUGUUUCAAAGACAUUUUAAAUUGGGAAUGUUGUGUAUUGAAAUGGAAACUGUCAGCAUCUGUGACCUGCACCAUCAUUGUGCAUCAGCAGUGGAGACUCUUUGACAAAUCAUCAGUUUACUGUGUGUAAAUGCCACAUCUAAUGACAUUUUAAAGUGUUUUUAAAAUAAUUAUGAAAAGCAUACACAGUGGCAGCUGUUGUAGAACCCAUUUUAUAUGAAUUAUUGUUUUAAAAUGAAAUGUAUUUAUUUGUAAUGAUUUUAAACUUUCAUUAAUAUGUGCAAACAUUACCAUAUCGGUAAUUAAUGUACAUCCAAAUGUGAAUCAUGUGAUUUUUGAAUAACAAUAUUUUUAUUGUUAAUAUUGAAA